AUUUCUCUGUUGCUAUUUAUGGAGUAUUUGGAUUUUUUUAACUCAUAAUAUUAGUUGCUAGUUUAUGCUUUCCUUGAGCCAAGUGUUUAUCGGAAACAAACACUGCUCAUGGUAGAGGUAUGGUCUGGACUUGUGGGAUUACUCUGAAUAUUGUUGUUGUUGUUAUAAUAUCUGUUACUUGUUUUUUUGGGGUGUUAAGAAGUAUGGUCAUCCUUUGGAAUAUAAACUCUUAUAAUCACUUGAGAGUUUUUGGGUGAUGCUUCUGUGUUCUGCACUUGUGGGAUUACAUAUAUAUUUGGAUUUGGUUUUGGUAUUGGUUUUGGUUUUGGAGAGCUAAUUGAUCUGUGAAAGAGUUUUGGAAACUAUUUUUCUUCUUGUGUUUGCUUUAGGUAUUAUUUAGAAAAUCCGAUUUUAGUUUGUUGUUGGUUUUCGGAAAAGGAUUUUCUGAUUUAAUUUCCUGCAAUCAAAUCUGUUUCUUUAAUCUAACACCAUUUCUUUUUGUUUUGAAAUAUAUUUCUCUUGUUCCUCUCCAUAUUUUUACUAAUCAAAGUGGCUAGUGCUACUAAUAAAUAAAACAAUUAUAGUCACGAAGAGAAGAUACCUAUAGAACGUAGGCAGCAUCGAGUGUGGUAAGAUGGAUGAGAUCUUUCUACUCUUAACAAGAGGUCUCGAAUUUGAAGAGGUUUCAGAUUCUAGUCUUGAUAAUGGAUAAACUCUUGGUGUAUGGCCUUCAACGUUAGUGGCACUACGUGCCUAAAGGAGGAUCCAGGAUUUUGAGUGCGAGUUUGAGUUAGUUAAACCAGUGAGUUUCGAAUGCCAGGUGGUUAGACAGAAAAAGAAAGAACACAUGGAAAUUUUAGAUAUUAUAGUAAGUUAUAAACAAAAAAAAAAAUUGAGAUGAAUGAGGGCCUUGUAAUUUCUUGUACUAUACACGGUAUAAGUGAAAUCGCCAGAAACUUGCACGAAGGGAUAAUUCUGGUAUGAUAUGAACUAAUGCACAUUAUCAAUGCUCCACACCUUCUAUCGUAUUGAUAUGAACUAAUGCUCAUUUUGUGGUAAGUACAGUUUGUCGUAUCUUGGUGGUGAAAAUUGAGACGUGGUAGUUAUUACAUUUUGUCUUAUCAUACUUACCAGUUGAAUCAAAUUAGAUCAGUGGAAAUAUUUAGCUCUUGUCAUCAUGAAUAUACUGACAUUUAUGCAAGUUAAUUUCCUAUUUUUUUCUUCCUUUUUGCCUUAACCCUUGUAUUUUCUCUAACAAAAAUGAGUCUGAAAGGAACAUUUUGCAGGGUUAAUUUAAGCAACACUUAGAAUAAUCUGAUACAAAUUGAAAAAUCAAUCUGUGGGAGGGAAGAAGAGGAAAUGGCUCACGCUGCCGUCAUAUCUCUUCAACAAAAACUGCAGGAAAUCCUGAAAGGUGACAAUUUUCAUUACCCUGCACUACGUCAAGCAGUCAGUUCCUGGCAGGCAUUUUUGGAGGACUCUUUGUCGAUUAGAAAUGCUCCAGAAGCAGUGGAAUAUUUGGAAAAGCAGGUUAAAUAUUUGGCAACUGAACUUCUAGGUAGCAUCGACUUAUAUGACUUGGAAAAGAGUACACCUGGUUUCUAUCCAAGUAGUUGGGAACUGUUCCAGAAAGAGGUAGUGACUGCAGGUUCCAAUAGCAUAAAGGCAUAUUUGAUGAAGGUAAUGAGUGCUCGGAAUGAUAAUGAUGCUCUAACAACAUGGAAUACUGUGGAGAGUGAUUCAGAAUACACUCCUUAUCUCCAAGCUACUGUGUUAGACCUUGAUAAUGACUUAAUGACUAUUAAAUCUCGGCUUAUAGGACCUCCUUCCAAGCUAGAUGUCGUCUCUAUUGUUGGCAUGGGAGGAAUUGGCAAAACGACUCUUGCUAGAGAAGUUUAUGAUGAUCUUUACAUGGAGCAUCACUUCUACAUUCGUGCUUGGAUUACUGUAUCUCAAAUGCAUCAACAUAGAGAAAUGUUGUUGGGCAUUCUGCGGUGUUUUUCAAUGGUCAAUGACAACACUUACCUAAAGAGUACUGAGCAAUUGGCAGAACAAGUUUACAGAAGUUUGAAAGGAAGGAGAUAUCUCAUUGCAAUGGAUGAUGUGUGGGACACCAAUGCAUGGGAUGUUGUGAAAAGAUCUUUUCCAGAUGAUAAUAAUGGAAGCCGUGUCAUACUUACUAGUCGGCUAGCAAAUGUGGGUAUCUAUGUUAGCUCAGGCAGCCCUCCUCAUUACAUGCGGUGCCUAACUGUGGAACAGAGCUUGAAGUUGUUCAAUUUAAAGGUGUUUGGAAGGGAGACUUGCCCCCUUGAACUGGAGAAUGCUACAAAGCAAAUAGUCGAGAAAUGUCAAGGACUACCACUAGCAAUAGUUGUGGUUGCUGGAUUUUGUUCCAAGAUCAGCAAGACAGAAAACUGUUGGGAAGACAUAGCACAUAAAAUUGGUUUGAUUGUGAGUAGGGACACAGAAGAAUGCCUGGACUUACUUGCCUUGAGUUAUAAACAUUUGCCACAUCACUUGAAGCCAUGCUUCCUGUAUAUGGGAGUUUUCCCAAAAGAUUUUGAAAUUAGUGUUUCAAGACUAAUCAAGCUUUGGAUUGCUGCGAAAUUUGUAAACUGCACACCUGAAAGGGACUUUGAAGAAGUUGCUGAGGGAUACUUAAGAGAUCUUAUAGAUAGAAGUCUAAUUUUGGUUAAGAAAAGGACCUCAAGUGGCAUGGUCAAAACAUGUGAGGUUCAUGAUCUGUUGCAUGAUUUAAUCAUACGAGAAGCAUGGAAGGAGAGAUCAAUCUACUUUACUAAAUCAAAUGUAAUUCUUUCUCCACCAGUGGCAUCUUUUGAGCAUCGCAUCAUUUUCAAUUUCCGCAGAGUCCCCAUUGAGAUCUUUAGAGAAAUAUCUUUUGGUGAACCUUCGUCACUUCCUGAUGCUAGUUCCUUUAUUUGUUUUGGAAGAGAUGGAACUCCUGGAUCCUGUUCUCAGGUCGAUUCGUUUAUCACUUUUACUAACUUCAAAUGGUUAACAGUAUUGGAUAUAUGCUUUCAGCCAUUUGACCAUCUACCAUCAGAAAUAUGGCAAUUAUCUACGCUGAGGUAUCUUGCUCUCGCCAGUUUUAGUGUUCUCCCUCCAUCAGUGUGCAAUCUUAGGUGUCUUCAGACGCUAAUUCGUUACAGUCACCAGUCUAGUAUUUGUUUGCCAGCAGAGAUAUGGGAGAUUGAACAAUUAAGGCAUCUCUAUUUCAGGAAAUGCUGCUACUUUCCUAAAGUUCAACCUGAACAAAAAGAUUAUCAGGGCAGGUUUAGUCACUCUAAUCUUGCAUUAACCAAACUGCAAACCUUUUCUUAUCAUCUGGGUGAGUCUAGUCGCUCUAAUCUUGCAUUAACCAAGCUGCAAACCCUCUCUUACAUUACCUUUGGUAGUAUUAAAAGGCGCUUCUUCAAAGACAUGCCCAACCUGAAGAAGUUAGGAAUUCGUGAAAGUGAAGAAGAGUGCUCGACUGCUAAACAAAUAUCUGGAAAACUCAAGAAGCUGGUUCGGUUGGAGCACCUUGAAAGACUUAAGUGUUUCUUUAUCAAUCCAUGGAUACUUAAACAAUGUGAUGUUUUCCCACCAACCCUCAAGAAAUUGACAUUGCGGGGGUGCCAACUUCCAUGGAACCAAAUGACAAUACUGUGCAAGUUACCCCAACUGGAGGUUCUUAAGCUCAAGGAUUAUGCAUUCCAAGGAUCAGAAUGGGAGCCAACUGCCGAAUGUUUUCAGCAGCUAAAAUUCCUACUGUUGGAUGGAACUGAUGUUAUCCACUGGAAAGCCAGUUCAAUUCAAUUCCCUAAGCUUGAGAGUCUUGUUCUGAAGAACUGUUAUUGCCUGUAUGAGAUUCCUGAUGAUGUAGCGGGAAUACCUACAUUGCAGUUCAUUGAAUUGUAUCACUGUAGCACUUCUGCUGACGACUCGGCAAAUAGGAUCCAAGAAGAACAGCUUAUCAUGGGAAUUGACGAUCUUGUGGUGCGAAUCCACAAAUUUUAUAACUCCGAACCAGCUGAAACCUAAGGCCUGCGUUCGUUUGAUAUUUGGCGCUCCCCCUAAAGGCCUCAACAAGCAUUGAGGCUAAUGCAGAGGAAAGUCAAUCUUUUCCCAGGAAUGAUUCAUCAACUUGGUUUCUUUUGGGAUGUUACUAUGUGCAUACAAUGGCGGACUUGGAUUUGCUGCACUUGAGCCGAGAGUCUCUCGGAAAAAGUCUGCCUUCAUGAGGUUGGAGUAAGGCCUGCGUACGCUCUUCUCUCUCUAGAACCCACAUUUGAAGAAAAAUUAAGCAAACCUAACUCAAGUAGAGUUAAAUUAAUUUGAUUUGAUAUAAAUUGAGUUGAGAUUUUAUUUUUUCGA